CUCGCGAGAGGAGACGUCGGCGGUAGUAGCGAGUGGCGGCGGCACUAAGAUGGCGGAGGCGGACUACGAGAACGGCGCCGAGGAGUCGCUGAUAGAGGAGCCGCACCGCGGUCUGGAUGAGUCCGGGGAUGGCGCCGCCACGGACGGCUUGGACGACUCGGCGAUGAUCGAGGACCCGGAGCUGGAGGCCAUCAAGGCCCGGGUGCGGGAAAUGGAGGAGGAGGCGGAGAAGCUGAAGGAACUGCAGAACGAAGUGGAGAAACAGAUGAACAUGAGCCCACCACCUUCUGGUCCUGUCAUCAUGUCGGUGGAAGAGCGGAUGGAAGCGGACGCACGGUCCAUUUACGUUGGUAACGUGGACUAUGGGGCGACGGCGGAGGAGUUGGAGGCACACUUCCACGGCUGUGGCUCCGUCAACAGAGUGACCAUCCUGUGUGACAAGUUCACCGGGCACCCCAAGGGCUUCGCCUACAUCGAGUUCUCAGACAAGGAGUCUGUGCGGACAGCCAUGGCACUGGACGACUCCCUCUUUAGAGGCCGACAGAUCAAGGUGGUGUUGAAGAGGACGAACCGCCCGGGGAUCAGUACCACAGACCGGGGUUGGCCGCGCUCCCGGUUCCGGGCCAGGGCCAGCUACUCCAGCAGAGCCCGUUUCUACAGCGGAUACGUUCCCCGGUCCCGAGGCAGGGCCUUCAGGGGACGAGGGCGUGCUUCAUCCUGGUAUUCCCCUUACUAAUCCCAUGGAGAAAUGUCCCCCCCCCACCUCUCCCCCCCUCCCCAUCCCUCCAUCCUUACCCUCACUCCCUUCAGGAAAAAAAAUCCCAAAAGAUUUAAAAAAAGAACAAGAAAAUUAAAGAAAAGAAGAAAAAAAAAUGAAAAGAAGAAAAUAAAUACAAAUAUAUAUUAAAAAAAAGCCGACAGGCAGAGGACGGGGUGGAGCCCCGCCAGGGGAGUGUAUUAGUGGUGACAGUAUUGGUAAGGUGUCCUUGGGCUCCUUCAACCUCAGAUUCACACUGACAUCGGUUUGCUUUUGGGACAAGCCCGUUUUUUUUAACUUUUUAUUUCUUCUCCCCCUGUGUGGCUACGGGAUUUGAAAUGGAAUUUGUUUAUUUUUCUCUAUUUGUCCCUCUCUCCUUCCAACCCUUCCUCUCUCUCUCUCUCACCCUUCUUCCUACCCUCCCCCCAUCUUUACUUAAUCUCCCAUCCCUGUCUCCUCUCUCACCCACCUUCAUUCCUCUCAGUAUUAUCUCUCUCUCUCUCUCUCUCUCCCCCCUUCCCCCCUCACCCUGCUGGAGAUUUGUUGAAGUGUUGAGGGGGAAGGUGUUGAACUGUGAAUGGAUCAGUCCGUGCAUUACAUUACUGAUUUGCUGUUAAAACAUUUUUAUCGUGUGACUGUGCAACAGAUUUUUGUCUUCACCUCUCCCCGUCUCUCCUCCCUUCUUCCCCCAGCCCUCUCCUCCCAACCUUGCCCCCCUCUUCCCCCCCUCCUCUGUCACCCCCUCCCUCCCCCCCUCUCGCAGGCGUCUUUAAUAUUUUUCUUUUCAGAUGGCUGCUGUACGCCAGAGGAGAGAGAGUUGCUGGUGUCGGCCCUGUGUCUCUGGUCCCCACCUCUCAGCGGGAGAGAGCACUGUGCACUGAUCACUGUUUCCAGACCUAUCGGCACCCAUCUCCCCCGCCGUCCUCCCUCCUCCCUUCCCCUUGCCCUCUCCUUCCCCACCACCCCACUUUCCCAAGGACUUACCGCAGCUGGGUUGGGGGUGGUGAGGGAAGGGAUGUACUUUCUGGGGUUUGGGGAGGUGGGGCCUGAUUUUUUUUUAGAAAAAGAGGGAAUCAAAAAAAAAUGUAAGGGGUUUAAAAAAAAAUAAAAAUAAAUAAAUGUUUUAUAUAAAAGAAA